AUGGCUAUCAGCAAUAACAAAUUGCCAACCCCACCGUUUUGUUCUGUCCAGGGCUCCCCUUACGACGCCCAUACGACGGGGAUGACCGGAGCCAUCAGCUACCACCCGUACGGCAGCCCUGCCUACCCCUACCAGCUCAACGACCCCGCGUACAGGAAAAACGCCACCCGCGACGCCACGGCCACCCUCAAGGCCUGGCUGCAGGAGCACCGCAAGAACCCCUACCCCACCAAGGGCGAGAAGAUCAUGCUGGCCAUCAUCACCAAGAUGACCCUCACCCAGGUCUCCACCUGGUUCGCCAACGCCCGCCGCCGGCUCAAGAAGGAGAACAAGAUGACCUGGGCCCCGCGGAACAAGAGCGAGGAUGAGGACGACGACGAAGGCGACGGGGCGAGGACGAAAGAGGAGAGUCCCCACAAGAUGCCCGAAAGCAACGAAACCUCCGCGGAGGAUGAAGGGAUCAGCUUGCAAGUGGACUCGCUGACGGACCACUCCUGCUCGGCCGAAUCGGACGGCGAGAAGCUGCCCUGCCGAGCGGGCGACCCCCUCUGCGAGUCGGGCUCGGAGUGCAAGGACAAGUACGAGGACGUCGAGGAGGAGGAGGAGGAGGAGGAAGAGGAGGAGGAGGAAGACGAGGAGGAGGAGGACAUCGAGGAAGACGACGGGGGAGGCGGUGGGGAGCGCGACCCGCCGGCCAAGCCGGCCACCUCCUCGCCGCUGGCCGCCGUGGAGGCUCCGCUCCUCGGCCACCCGCACGCCGACGCCGCCCGCAGCGCCAGCAAGGCGGCGCUGGGGGGUCGAGCCUCCCCCGGGCCCCCGACGCCGGCCAGUAAACCCAAACUCUGGUCGUUGGCCGAAAUCGCCACCUCGGACCUCAAAAGCCAGAGCCUGGGGCAAGGGGGCCAGGCUGCGGCGCUCUCCUCGGCCCCCCCCGCCUCCGCCCCGCACAGCGCUGCCUACUCGCCCUCCUCCCUCCUGGGGAGGCAUAUUUAUUACACCUCACCUUUUUAUAGCAAUUAUACAAACUAUGGGAACUUUAACGCGCUCCAGAGCCAGGGAAUCCUGAGAUACAACUCCGCGGCAGUGGCUUCAAACGAGGGACUAAGUCAGACUGUCCUAAACGCCAGCUCUGUCCACAAGCAGAGCAGUGACUCUUUGAAAACCAUCACUAACCAGCUAGAACAACAUUACAGGCCCUCUAGUUAUGACUCUAAGAAAGAUCCCACUGAAGUCUGCACAGUAGGAGUACAACCAUACCUAUAGAAGUGCAAUCACACAGCAAUGCAAGUAGGUGUCACAAUUGCUUUGAAAAAAGUCAGCAAGCCAUCAUCUCUCCCCGAGCUAAUAUAUAUAACAAAUCUCUAAAUCCGGAUCACAUCUUGUGCCACUGUAUAAAAGAAGACCACAGAGCACUAUUAAAUCUUCAGACUCUAAUUAUUAAACCAGAAUUUUGUUGGACAUAUGUGAGUUUGCUGGUAUAGUAUAGUUUCCCCAAUGUAUGUGUGACUUUUGAAAACAGAUCUGUUUUUCUCAGGAUAUCUUGAAUUGAUCACUUCAUUGCCACGGUAUAUAUACGAUAGGUGUGAUAGGAUUUAUUGUAAAAUUUAUUUGUAAAAGAUGUAUACAGUAGAGAUAAUAAAGACGUGAUUGGAGAACUUGAGUCCUUACAAAGUGGAAACAAAUUUGAUAUUUAUUUUUGUAACGAUAUAAAGCUUCUAGUAAUUUAUGCAAGUUGUAUUGCAAUGGAAUCUGAACUUUUUGUAAAUAAAUUUUGCCUGGUUUUUAUUUGAAACGUUGAUGGUUAUACAAUCUUUGGUUGUUUAACGAGAAUUCUUUACUAAUUUAUAUCUCUAAUUGUAAAUAA